UGGGUGAGAACGCCGGAUCCACGAUCCGAUCCUUCUGUUCUUUUCCAGAAAAUCUGGAAUUUUUGACAAACCUGCAACAAAGCCGAGAACGCACGUGAGACAUAACCAGCGGCGAACAGCUGGAAUCCACGCGCACGCGCGCAAUCAGCAGCUACUCUUCUUUUUGGAGUGAACGGAACUGACGUCAUGCGAUUUAUGUUGUCUAGUCCGGUGUGUGUGUGUUUAUGUGUGUGUAUGUAUGUGUACGUGUGUGUGUGUGUGUGUGUGACCGGUUGGUCACAUGAAGGCGGCAUCUGGAAUUUGUUCUUCGCGCGCACCUCUCACUGACGUUUAACUUGGACGUGACUGUAAGUUAGGCUUUUGCGUGCACGUGAAAGAGGAGGAAUACAUUUAACGCAGCGUGGACACACCCGCGGCAUAUGAUCCCCACGAAACUUGUGCCAGAGAAGCCGACCUCUCUGAGUUUUGGGUCCAACCCCUCGCAACUCGACUACACCUAUUGCCUCCGGUCAUUUAAAUCUUUAGAGUGACAUCUCGCGCACGAGAAACGUUUUUAGCAUUUGAUCCUGGGAGGAGAGGAGAGGAUUAGAGAGGACACUUCAAUGCUUCAGAGCAGUGCAUCCGUUGUAGACUUGCAAGUUUUAAACGAGGGAAAACUCGAGAUCAUUUAGACUCAUCUUUGAGGAUCUGGUAUCCUACAAGAUAGACAGUUGACCCAGAAUUGUGAACAUGGCAUCAUUGUGGCAUGUGAUGCUCUGGAGAUGGACACUGGUUCCUUCAUUCCUGGUGCUUUGUCUGUGUGGGACACACACAUUUGGAGAUGAUGACUUUAAUGCAGAGUCCUGGCUCCGGAUGUAUGGAUACCUCCCUCAGGCGAGUAGGCAGAUGUCCACUAUGCGAUCGGCUCAAAUCCUGUCCAACGCCAUCAGUGACAUGCAGAGAUUCUAUGGCCUGGAGGUCACAGGAGAGAUGGAUCCAGGAACUAUAAAAGCCAUGAAGAGGCCUCGUUGUGGGGUUCCGGAUAAGUUUGGAGGUCAAAUCAAGACUAAUGUUCGCAGGAAACGCUAUGCCCUCACUGGCCACAAAUGGGACAAAACCCACUUGACCUUUAGUAUACAGAACUAUACUCCUAAGAUUGGGGAGUACGACUCGUACGAAGCCAUUCGUACAGCCUUUAAGGUGUGGGAGAAGGUAACACCUCUGACGUUCGAAGAAAUUCCCUAUUUAGAGGUCAAAUAUGGCCGGCGAAAGGAACCUGACAUCAUGAUCUUCUUCGCCUCUGGUUUCCAUGGUGACAGCUCCCCGUUUGAUGGCGAGGGUGGCUUCUUGGCACAUGCCUAUUUCCCUGGUCCAGGGAUGGGCGGUGACACGCACUUUGACUCAGACGAGCCCUGGACAAUUCGAAAUGAGAAUUUGCAAGGAAAUGAUCUGUUUCUGGUAGCAGUGCACGAGCUGGGUCAUGCUCUAGGUCUGGAGCACUCCAAUAAUCCUUUGGCUAUUAUGGCUCCCUUCUACCAGUGGAUGGACACAGAGAACUUCCAGCUUCCAGAGGACGAUCUAAGAGGCAUUCAGCGGAUCUAUGGACCUCCUCACAGUUCCCCAACUCAGGCUCUUCCCACUGUGACCCCUCGCCGUCCCAACCAGCCUAAGAACCCACCAGGAGUCCCACCACGUCAGCCAGAUCGACCACGCACCACUGACCGCCCUGAACAGUAUGGCCCCAACAUCUGUGAGGGCAACUUUGACACGGUCACUGUGCUCCGUGGAGAGAUGUUUGUUUUCAAAGGACGCUGGUUCUGGAGGGUUCGAAGAAACCGCGUACUGGAUAAUUACCCCAUGCCCAUCGGCCACUUUUGGAGAGGCCUUCCAGGAGACAUUGAUGCAGCGUAUGAGAGACACGAUGGCAGAUUUGUCUUUUUCAAAGGGGAUCAUUUCUGGAUUUUCCGGGAGGCCAUCCUGGAGCCAGGCUACCCUCUGGAGCUGGUAGAUUAUGGCCGGGACAUUCCUUAUGACAAGAUAGAGACGGCCAUCUGGUGGGAACCGUCAGGCUACACCUACUUAUUUAAGGGAGACAGGUACUGGCGUUUUAAUGAGCAGUCGCGUGCAGUCGACCGAGACUACCCUAAACCAAUCAGUGUUUGGGAUACGUCAGUACCCACAUCUCCCAAGGGAGCUUUCCUCAGUGAUGAUGGAGCUUACACAUACUUCUACAAAGGCAGCAAGUACUGGAAAUUCGAUAACCACCGGAUGAAGAGUGAGCCUGGAUACCCCAAAUCCAUCUUGAGAGACUUCAUGGGUUGCAACGUGGACUUGGAUCCUGACCGAGACACAGACGUGGACCCGGGACGGAAAUGGCCCGACAGACCGCCCUUCAACCCAGACGCAGGCAGAGACAAGGACAAGGAGAAAGAAAAGGACAAGGAGAAAGGAAAAGACAAGGACAAGGUGCAAGAUCGCACCAACGAUGUGGACACCAAGGAGGCAACGGAAGAGGGGACGAACGAGGUGGACGUGGUGCUGAAGAUAGAUGAAACAGAGCGCACCAUGAAAAUCAUCAUGGUGACUGUGCCGCUGAUCCUGGUGCUGUGCAUCCUGGCGCUGAUCUACGCCAUCAUCAACACGCUGCAGAGGAAAGGGGCACCCAAGUACUUUCUGCACUGCAAGCGAUCCCUGCAGGACUGGGUUUAACUUGGACUCCUCAUUUUCAACUCUGACCUCUGAACCCUUGACCCUUCCCAUUCAUCCAUGUCGUUUUUCAUCUUCCUAAUAUAUUUAGAUUGCACACACACUCACACACCCACCUUAUACUCUGUUAUCCCAUGGUGCUGUCCUAAUACAUUGACUGUAGUCUAUUUAUAUGAGAGUUUGCACAUCUGUUAUUGUUGUUUUCCUUCCUUUCAUCAUGGUUUUGUUUUUCUCCCCACCUUUUCAUUCAAUUGUGCACAUUUCUUUCUUAUCUCUAUAGACGGAAAUUUUUCAUUUAUGCUAUGAUAAACUGCCAUAUGGCUUAGGAAGCAUACUCUGGAUGAGAAAAAUACAAGAGAAAUCUAAAGCAUGUGCAGUACAAAAAAAAGGGAAGAAAAGCAGUCGAUCUCUGAGAUCUUAAUAAUUGCUCCCUUUACUCAGGAUUCAGCUGUCGUCUAUUCACUGACUGGAGAAGACCUGUUGUAGAAAACAGUCUGGUUUCAACACGACUGGCCAUUUAGAGCUCUACUUGAGGCACACUUGCCAACGAUGAAGAAAUUCCCAUGUGUUUUAUUGCCUUAGUCGAAGCACUCACGCUAUUGUUUUAACAACGGUGCCUUGGUCUUGCCAGCCAAAAGCCUUCCUGUAGUUUUACCCCUAUAGGAAGAGCCCCUUGAUCUCCCUCGCGUGUUGCUUUCUCUCUAUGAUCCUAUGAUACUGUUUGACCGUAAUCUUUUAUUGUCAGAGGAGCGUAGCUCAUGUGGUGCUUUUCCUUUAGGGCAAAAAAGGCAGCGUACUGUGAAACCACACUGCAAGAGGACGGGAGGGAACGUUUGAGGUACUGGAUGCUGAAGGAGGGUUUAUUUUUAUUUUAUUUUUUUUUUUUUGAUGUAGUAACCAUUAGCCAACUGUAGGCUUGCUUCAAACAAUGUAAUCAAACACGUACACAAAAAGGCUUAUAAAAACAUACCAAUAGUGCAGUAUAUACCACUUGAGAGGGCCAAUUGCAAAAUAAAUAAAAGGCAUUUGCGUUUCUCGAGCCGCAGUCAUAACGAAAGGCCUUGCCGGGCCUCUUUCCCUGCCCUGUUACAGGCUGUUAGAUAAUCCUCUCAUUUUAAAAACAGCAGGUGGGCGAAAACAUUGCUAACCUUCCACCCGGGUAACAUGAGGCCUCCUGCACCUAAGAAAUCCUACUCUGAUCUGCUGAAGCAUGUAGAGAACACGAGUAAGCAAUGGAGAAAAGAGUGAUAAAGAGAAAGAGAGAGAGCGAGAGAGAGUUCAAAGGGAGGUGGCUCAGCUGUGGAAACCUUAUCUGCCAUUGGAAGACGCUUACAGUGUGUUGCUCCAGAGACAAUUUAACUGUAUACACAUUUCAAGGGUGGUGCAGAAGAGCCUACGCUGUGAGAAUAUCCUCUUGAGGACAGAUAGGAAGUGUAUAGAGCAGGUCCUCAUAUGGGAGUAGGCUGGCAGACAUUCGUGGCAUACACUCUCUGCCACUGGUUAUUUUUGACCCACAUAUUUUGAAUGGGAAACAGGAUCUGCUGCUGGCAUUCGUUCUCCGUCCAUUCAGCAGCUACGAGCUGGAUCUGACACGUCGCUCACACUCCUCAAGAUUCAAACUCGAACUGGAUUCCGAUUUGGAUCGAGCAGCUCGUCAGUGUUUUUAAGUCAAAACCUUUCAGCAGAAAGGUUUGCGUGACCUCAAACCAUCGAUUCAGCAUCGCACGUUUUUUUUUUUUUUUUUUUUGGGAGAAACAAAGCAUCUCUGUGCCAGGGGAGAAAGUUUCUGUGUUCACAAAGGCACAGAGGAUGGCGUAGAUGAGAGAAGGAAAGUGAGUGGUACUAUAAAUAUUGCCUUGUCGGGCAAGGUUGAGUCGAGACCACUUUCAUAAAUAUUAUGGAGAGACUAGAGGAGACGGAGGACAGUCAUGACUUGCAUGCCAUCGCUGAUGGAGGCCGUUCAGCUCCCUUGCCAGGCGUCACCCUUCCCCCUCCAUUCGAAGACGAGAGUUAAUCAGAGAUAAAAGCCGUUCCUCCGCUCCUCUCCCCUCCUUCCCAGAUCAAUGAAGAAUACACAAACAGGCCUGACGGGGAUCCAGAAUUCGAGACUUCACGCUCAGCCCAUGCUAUCCCGAUGCGUUCCCAUACGAGCCGACGUUUACUUGCUGCUCCGCACCUUUGUGGCCUUGCUUUGAGAGACCUUCUGGAUGUUUUGGUGUCCCGGCUGAUUAAUGUUAUCUUUGUGUUUGCUUAGGCAAUCGAAACCAAAUGCUCUGUCAAGACCGUUUAAAGUGAACUUGUCCAGUAAACAUACUGCCCGUGUGAACUGUGCACAAAAGAAAGGCUCGCUUUAGAUCGUAACCUUUAAUCACAGAUCUAUCCUGAAACUAGAGCAAGUUGCAAGAGUACAUGGCGCACGAGCUGAAUCCUUAAUAAUUUACACGGUGGAGAUGAAACAGGAGUGAUCAUGCUGGAGAACAGCUAAUAGAAGAAAAAAAAAUCAAAUAUGCGCACAAAUCUGUGUAAUGAGAAUGUUUGUAUCCAUGCUUCAUUCUCCCACUCAUGUCUGCUUCGGCUCAAAUAACAAUGGACCCUCUUACUUCGGGCAUUAUUGUCCUGCAUAGUACUUUUUCUGGCCAACAGGAAGAAAGUCUGGGCUUUAGGCCAAAUCCAGGAAGCGUCCUCCCACUAUCGUUCAUUCUUGCAUAGCAAUCUUAAAGGCAUUGUGGGUUUUAGUAAAAUAUUUCCUGAAGUUGCAGCUCAGUGAUUUUUUUUUUUAUUUUUUAUUAUUUUUUUUAAGUUGUGCAUUGUUUUUUUUAGUUUUUUUUUAGCAGCAGCAUUGUAUUUGUGCAAGACGCAUCCACACAAAAUAGCAGACGUGAUUCAAUGUCUGUGACCUUUCUUACUCUCUAUCUUCUGAUUUAUGCAUGAAACAAGAGUAGAUCUCUGUUAUUCAUCUGUCCCGCUCAUUUCUUUAAUCCUAUACUGUAAUUGCUAAAUAGUAUGAACAAAGGAUGUCAUAGUGCCAGAAAUCUGUCAUAUUUUACUAAGUGUAGCCUUGACAGUGUCAGGAUUUUUGUCAGGAUUAGACAAUUUGUGUCUGGACUGAGAAUAAUUUCACUGUAGUCUUUAAUCUACAUUGACAGUACGUCUGGUCCUGUAUCACUGUAUCACAAAGCAUCUCACUUUACCCCAUGAGCCAUGUGUCAUGCCUUUUAACAAAGCAAAUAUAUGCACAGACUGAACAAUUCAUCAAAUCAGGUAAAGAAAUUAAUGGCUCACUCAUGUUGCUAAAGCAAAGUCAUGACAAUGUUGUGCAACUUAUAUAGUGCUGCAAUUAUUUUUUUUAAGAAAACCUCAUGUUUAUUAAUAAUGAUUAAAUGUAUGAUACUAUUUUUGUGGUUUCGGUUAAACUGCUUGAUUUCCUGACGAUCUUAUUUGAGCUUAAUUGGUUGUUUUUGAAAUUGUAAAUAUGUAGGACUUUUUUUUUUUUUUUACUCUGUUAAUAACAUUCCGGUUUUGUGUUUUUAUUUUUGUUUUCUGAUGUAGAAACUGAAGAUUUUAUACAUUUUGUGUUUGAUGAUCACAUCUGUUGAGUGUCUCUAAUGAUCCAUGCUGGACAUGUAACAAUAAUAAAUAAAUGAUCUGAAUAUGAAA